AUGGAAGGAGUUCUUUCGCUUCAGCGCUUUCCCUCCUCCGCUAUUCAACGGCGGCUCUCUCCAUUUAACCUUCAUAGACUUACCAGAUCAUCCUCAUGUGCUCCUCUUCGUGCUCAACAGUCUGGAAUCACGGAAGGCUCCGAUAAUGCUUCUUCGGCAUUGGAGGGUAAAGUGAGUGAUGUCAAGAUCACUGAGCCAAAAGUGAAUAUGUACCAGAAUGAAGUAGUUGAUAGUCAGGGUAUAAAGAUAAGGAGAAGACCACCCACCGGACCUCCAUUGCAUUACGUCGGACCUUUUGAGUUCCGGCUCCAGAACGAGGGAAACACGCCUCGCAACAUCUUGGAAGAGAUCGUUUGGCACAAGGAUAAAGAAGUUUCUCAGAUGAAGGAGAAAAGGCCUCUAUACACUCUGAAGAAGGCUCUUGAUAAUGUUCCUCCUCCUAAAGACUUCGUUGGUGCGCUUAAAUCCGCCCAUCAAAGAACUGGUCUGCCUGGUUUAAUAGCUGAGGUGAAGAAAGCUUCUCCAAGCAGAGGAAUCCUGAGAGAGGAUUUUGAUCCAGUUGAAAUUGCACAAUCUUAUGAGAAGGGUGGAGCAGCAUGUCUUAGUGUUUUGACUGAUGAGAAAUACUUCAAGGGAAGCUUUGAGAAUCUGCAAGCUAUAAGGGAAGCUGGUGUACAGUGCCCUUUGCUAUGCAAAGAGUUCAUUGUAGAAGCAUGGCAGAUAUACUAUGGUAGAAGCAAGGGCGCAGACGCAAUCCUCUUGAUAGCUUCUGUGUUACCUGACCUUGACAUCAAAUACAUGAUCAAGAUUUGCAAAAUACUUGGAAUGGCUACACUUGUGGAGGUUCAUGACGAAAGGGAGAUGGACCGUGUUCUUGCAAUUGAAGGAGUUGACCUCAUUGGCAUCAAUAAUCGUAACCUUGAAACAUUUGAGGUAGAUAUUGGUAUCACAAAGAAGCUCCUGGAAGGAGAGCGCGGCGAACUGAUCCGUCAGAAAGACAUCCUCGUGGUUGGAGAGUCUGGCUUAUUCACUCCUGAAGACAUUGCGUUUGUACAAGAAGCCGGUGUCAAAGCAGUUCUAGUUGGUGAAUCUCUUGUUAAGCAAAGCGAUCCCGGGAAGGGAAUCAGCGCACUUUUUGGAAGAGAUAUCUCAGAAUGA